AUGGCUGCCCCGACCAUCGUGACGAUCCAGCCACAGCAAGGCAUGGGCAUGCCCGCUGCCUCGAGGAGCAUAUGGCAGACAGGGCUGAUGGACUGCUGCACCGACUGCAGCGUCUGCUGCUGCGGGAUGUUCUGCUUCCCCUGCCUUGCCUGCCAAGUGGCCGGGGACAUGAACGAGUGCUGCCUGUGCGGGACCAGCGUGGCCAUGAGGACCCUUUACCGUACCAGAUACAACAUCCCGGGGUCCAUUUGCUCUGACUACUGUGUCACCAUGUGGUGCCCCGUAUGCUCCGUUUGCCAAAUUAAGAGAGACAUCAACCGGAGGAGGGAGAUGGGCAUAUUCUGGUAA